AUGACUUCAAAAAAAGUUCGUUUCAAAGCCAUUCCAACAGUUAUAGAUGUAUCUCCACGAAUUGAUAAGAUUCCAGGGAAGUUAUUGAUGCCUGAUGAUGCUCCGUUUCCUUAUUCACGGUCGUCAUUCUACAAUUUACUAAUUCACAGCGACUUGAUUAGCCACGAUUGUACAAAGUACGAGAAUUUCAUCAACGGUUUCAUUGGCAUCAACGAUUUAGGAGCUGACCCAGAUGCUUUGACCGAAGUGCUUUCUCUCAUAAAAAAUCAGAAUAUGAAUCCGAUUGAAGGUGAAAAUAAACCUUCAGAUUUAGACUGCCUUACUUCUGUCACCCCUACAGCAGUCACUCCAGCUCAAAGUCGUAUCAGCGAAAAACGUUCGGUAAACUUGAUAGCUUCAUUCGGUAGUUCUGUAAAAAAUCUUUGAGUUGCUACCUGGUUGCUGCUUGAUGUGGACCCUAAGGCACCACAAGAAACGAUGACCCCAGACCCUCUAAUCUCAUAUGCUACUGCCCAAAGGCUUCUAGAAGCAGAAGAAAAAAUUAUUCGCUUACAUCUUCAGAACGAUCUGCCGGAAUAA